GUACGUACGCACGUACGCACUGUUUUUCUAGCAAUCCGUCACACGUACGUGGAUAAUGUGUUCCGUUGUGAUAUAGGUGACUGCCACAUAGGCGCAAGCGCGACCGGACUCGUCGUCGAAAACGACGGACGUUCAGUCGCUCGGCGUUCAGUCGAGUACCGACGUCGUCGUCGACGACGUCGUCUCCUCCCUUACGCCAGGACACCCACCCUAGUCUCGUCAUCGCGCAUCGCAGUGCCAUGUGAUCGUCUCGCCGUUCGAGAACGCGUUCGAUCAUGAAACGACAGCACGACUUAUGACAGCACGCGCGCGAAGAUACUGAAAACGCUGACAUUUGUUAACAUUUGCUUUUUUGUACACCGGGAUGGACGAAAUUUUUUCCGCAAUGAUUUUUUUUUUAAUGAUCACGAAGCGCGCUAAAUCUUUGCGAGCGCAGUAAUCGAGAGACUCUUGUAUAUUUUGAGGGGUAGCGCGAGAAAUGGCAGGGCACGUCCGUGAAUGGAACCACGUGCGAGCAAUUGAUGCCAAAGGGAAGGAUAGGAUUUCUCUGCGAUUUUUGACGACGCGGUGUUGAAGUUGAAACUAAUUGAUUAGGCAGGUGCGUGGCACGUACGGAGCAUGUAAGACAAUGCGGUGGUGUGGUGGUCCUUGCGAUCUCCUGCGGCGCAAGAUUUUUCUCCUGCUUGUUCUGAUCGGCUGCAGCGAUGGCUAUUUUAAUAUAUUCAUCAGCCAUUCUCAGGUCAUGAAGCUUUUAGGACUCGAGGCCGAGUUGUACUACGUUCGGGAAGGGGUGGUCAAUACGUACGCGAUGAAUUUCGUCGUACCUGUGCCGGCAAACAUAGCGGACCUAGAAUUUUCAUGGCAGAGCCUCAUAGGACAUCCGUUACGAUAUUCGAUGGAACUGGAUUACGAUGUGGUGGGCGUACCAGGUGGACCAUCUUCUGGGAUGAUGGCGUUGCUACCACCGAGGGUAAACGUGUCUGCCCAAGGCGAAGUACCGGUCACUCUGCAGGUUUUCAGGAUCAGAUUACCGUGCUCGGGUGUCGUUAGCGCUGAAAUUCCUUUAGCGCUUAGAUUGAAUGUCACGGCUCCGCCCGGCACUAGAUAUAACGACACCGUCUUGGUCUUCAAGAGGAACAAGAUCUGUUUGAAAGGUGUCGAGACUCCUCCCAGCAAUGAUUCGGUGCGUUUGGAACCCGAUCCGCUGGCGAAUGGUGCCGGUGCACUUUAUGUCGCUGCUACCUGUGCUUGCGCCUUAAUUUUGGUCGUCGGCAGUGUUGCCAGCGCGUUAUACAUUCGCAACAGUAAGGCACGAGUUCAAGAAUCUCAGAAAACUCUGCCCUGCUGCAGUUACUCCGCGGCCGACACCGGUGGCCUGGCCAGGAGUUCCGUUUUAGUUAGAGUCGACCCACGACCCGGAAGUGCGAAUUCCGGAAGUUACGCUACUAUCGCCGACCUCGAGCCGCUGUAUGCGAGGCCAUGCGGUUCCAGAGCUAGUUACUACGCGGCGAGCCACGUGACGCAUCUCAGCCAGUCGACCGAUCCGUGUGAGAAGGCCAGGGCACUCGCAAUAUCGAGAUCGGCAUUAUACUGCCGUACUCUUGUGCAGGAAGGGACUUUCGGUCGCGUAUACAAAGGAACUUUGGAGUUGGCUGGACGGGAGCAAGAAGUCAUCAUAAAAACAGUUACAGAGGUAGCAUCCGCUUACCAAGCUUCUCUUUUGGUGGUGGAAGGCUCGCAACUGGCUGGAUUAGUUCAUACAAACAUCGCCUCUUUGGCGGCAGCUUGUCUGGACAGUUCAUGUCCUUUGCUGGCUUAUACAAGCACGCCUGGUGAGCUUAACCUGAAGGUCUACCUUACGGAUGGAAAUCACCAUCCCGUGACUAGAGACUUGGUACAUGUUGGUGCGCAGGUUGCUCGAGCUGGGGCAUUUCUUCAUGGGCGAGGUCUAUUACACAGGGAUAUUGCUGCCAGAAAUUGUAUAAUCGAACCGGGCAGUCUUCGUGUGAGACUAGCUGAUGCUGCCCUGGCUCGAGAUCUCUUCCCUCAGGACUAUCAUUGUCUGGGUGAUAACGAGAACCGACCCAUACGCUGGAUGGCCCUAGAGAGUCUCCAGCGUAACGAAUAUAGUACGGCGACCGACGUGUGGGCCUUCGGGGUAUUCCUAUGGGAAUUGGCGACACUGGGUCAACAGCCGUACGUAGAAGUAGACCCAUUCGAGAUGAUGGCGUGUCUCCGAGACGGAUAUCGGCUCCCCCCCCCCCGCUGGCUCAGUCCCCCCAGGGAUCGACCAACCAUGCCGCAGCUGCUCGCCUAUUUGCAAGAUUUCCACGAUGCGCUGGGUGGAUUUAUUUAAAUCAUCUGUCCGCGAACUGACUUGGCCUCGUUCGAAAAAUGACAGCGCGUUGUCGUUGACUCAAACUUUAUCGAUUGCACACAGUUGAUUGAAAUCUUUUAGAAUCGUAUCGUAAGUUGCGAAUGGCCGGAUGGAAAAAACUACUUGCGGUCCGAAAUGCCCAGUAACGCCGAAAGUACGUCCAAUAAGUUCGCAAUCAAAUCGAAAGUUCGAAGGAAGAAUAGAAUCAAAGUCGCAUGGAAUUGAAUGUCGCUGCCCAUUUUCGACACACUGCCCUUAUCAAUAAAUAUAUCCAAUGCAAUUUAAAUUGUUGUAACUAUAAUACGUACUGAUAAUUAUAAUUACUGAUAAUCGUAUAUUUACCCCAGUUGAUCACGAAUCAAAGUAGAAUAUCGUCAUCUUUUAAUUGGCGAAGUCGCAUAAAAAUCGACACGGACACAUCCGUCCAUAGUAGUUAAAACGCACGUACAUGAACUUUUAAAUCUCGUAUUUGAGCGAUUCGCCCAAAAAGCCAAUUAAUAUCAUGCGGAAGAGUCUUCGAUAUUUAUGAAAUGCGGAAACAGGUCUUUUUUCUUUAGCUAAUAAAACAAAUACAAACUGCCAGUUCAUAGUACAGAAGUAAUGAA